GGAAGAAGAAGAGGAUCUCGGUUGCCCUCGUUCUGCCCGGGGGCAAGGAGGCUCAGGGCAUCGUCCGCAGCCCGGGCCCUGGAGGAGGCCAGCUCCCUGGGUCGAGGCCGUGCCCGCCCCCGCGCGCACGUAGGCGUCCGUCGGGCGGCCUCCCUCCUGGCUGGCACCUCUGCGUCCCCUGCCGCGCAGCAGCCUUCCCGCUCCGGCAGCCCCUGGUUGUAGGGAAGGGUCGCGCCAUGCCCGCGGCGCCGCCCCCGCCCUCGCUGCCCGCCCCAGGACACCCUCCGGGCGGCGCCCCCCGGCCUGGCCCCGGACACCGGGGAGGCCUUGACCAUUCUUUAAAGUACUUGAGCUCAAGAAUAACAGAGAGACGGCUGCAGGGUUCCUCUGUGCCCAGUGGUCGAGGAGGCCUCUGUGGAAAACCACUGGUAGGGGCUCAGAGAUCUGUGUGCCCUGUGUUCAGCCCCCAGAGUGGCUUCCAUCCCAUCCACGCGGAGAACAGCGUCAUGAAGCCCAGGGUGGUGACGGUGGUGAAGCCGGGGGGCCCCCCUCUCAGGAAAAUCACCCUGCUGCUAAACAGGAGGUCAGUGCAGACCUUUGAGCAGCUGGUGGCUGACAUCUCAGAAGCCCUGGGCUUCCCUCGCUGGAAGAAUGACCGGGUAAGGAAGCUGUACAGUCUGAAAGGCAAGGAAGUCAAGAGCGUGUCAGACUUCUUCCGGGAAGGAGACGCCUUUAUUGCCAUGGGAAGAGAGCCACUGACCCUGAAGAGCAUUCAGACGGCCAUGGAGGAGCUAUCUCUGGGCAAGCCGCGGGCCCUGACGCUGACUCAGCACAGCUGGGCACCUUCUCCUCGGCUGAAGAGCAGGCCGCACAGCAAGGCCUUGAAGGCCGAACAGCUCCUUGGGGACGCAGAGGGCCCUAAGAGCCGCAGCCAGGCCUCCUUCCCCAAGGUGGGCCCCAAGCCCGAGGGGAAGGCUGAACUCCAGCCAGGGGCCGAGGAGAGACUGCGGACCCAGAAGAAGUGGGGCCCUGAACAUCAUGCCAAGCCAGACCGGAAGGUGGGACAAGAGGAGGCCCCGCCCAAUGGAGAGAAGCACCGAGACAGCCCGCUGGACAAGAGUUCGGGUGAGAUGAUCCGGUGUGAGAAGUGCAAACAAGAGAGGGCCCUGCGGAGCACUCCGCAGCGGCAGAGGCUGCCCGAGCUGUCUCUGGGCAGCAGCGAGCUGGACCUGGGCAAGGGCCCCAGGGGUCAGCCAGAAAGGAUGGUGAGGAUGAAGAGUUGCAGAGGACCCCUGUGGGGCACGUCUCCAACUGGGGACGAAGUCUGGGGGAAGGGCGCCAGCUGGAGGGACAGCCCCAGGGCCCCCAGCCUGGAGCUGGAGAGGCCCCCCAGAAUGGCGGACAAGAAAGAGAGGAGGGACUUGGAAGCGCACGAGCGUGCCGAGCCAGCUCCAGCACCGGGACCAGCCGCCGCCAGAGGCAGGAGGGAAGGCGCUGAAGCUCAGCCCAUCCCAGAGGGCGCGCCCCCGCAGGGAGAUCCGCGGAGCGGCCUCCGAGCUAGACAGAGUGGCUGGCUGCUGCGGGAGCGCCAGGCCUCAGCAGAGAGGCCGCCGAGAGGCCCUGAAGCGGAGCGGGAAGACAGGGGUCAGCGGGGCUGCCUCCAGGGAGGCCGGCGACAGGCGCCUGGGGAGGGGGCCCUGAGCAGGCCAGACAAGGAAGCGAAGCUCUCCGUGGAGGAGCCCAAGCCGGGCCAGGCGGCGGGCAAGAAGCUGAGACUGGCCGACGGCAGCAAGGCCAAUGUGGAGGCUCAUUACGAAGUGGGCAAGGUCAUCGGGGAUGGGAAUUUCGCCGUGGUCAAGGAGUGCAGGCACCUGGCCAGCCAGCGAGCUUACGCCAUGAAGAUCAUCGACAAGUCCAAACUGAAGGGCAAGGAAGACAUGGUGGACAGUGAGAUCUUCAUUAUCCGCAGCCUCUCGCACCCCAACAUCGUGAAGCUGCACGAGGUGUACGAGACCGCCGCCCAAAUCUUCCUGAUCCUGGAGUAUGUGCGGGGCGGGGACCUCUUUGACGCCAUCCUGGAGCACGUGAAGUUCAGUGAGCAGGAUGCUGCCUGCAUGAUCACCGACUUGGGCCGGGCGCUGGUGCACAUGCAUGACAAGAGGAUCGUCCACCGCGACCUCAAGCCGGAAAACCUCCUGGUCCAGCGAAAUGCAGACAAAUCCACCACCUUGAAGCUGGCUGACUUUGGCCUUGCCAAGCAUGUGGUCAAGCCCUUAUUUACCGUGUGUGGGACGCCCACCUACGUGGCCCCAGAGAUUCUCUCGGAGAAAGGGUACGGGCUGGAGGUGGACAUAUGGGCGGCCGGCGUGAUUCUCUACGUCCUGUUGUGUGGCUUCCCUCCCUUCCGCAGUCAAGAGAGAGACCAAGAGGAACUGUUCGCUAUCAUUCAGCGGGGACGCUUCGAUUUCCUCCGUCCGUACUGGGACAACAUCUCAGAGGCUGCCAAGGAUCUAGUUCGCCAGCUGCUGGUGGUCGACCCCAAGAAGCGCUACACGGCCCACCAAGUCCUUGAGCAUCCGUGGAUCAAGGCGACUGGGAAGGCGAGCCCGGUCUACGGACAGGCAGAAGUGACAACCGCCAGUGAAGGGAUUGGAGACUCCAAGCUCCUGAGUUUCAAAAGGACAGGAAAUCAAGUAUCUGAACGUUUCAGCAGCUGGGCUUUGCGGUCAGUGACCUUCAGGAGUGACCUUUGGGACCAGCCCAGUGGUAUAAGGCGUGAGGACUCAUCCAGCAGUUAUGACACAUCUGGAUAUCCACAUGGUAGAACCAGUGUUAUGUAGAGACCAUAAUGAGUGAAUGUGUUCUCCUCAGAGAUGGACGUGACAAAGAGGAGAGAGGGCCCCCAAGGUGGGGGAAGGAAACCUUGGCAUUUUUGUCCUUGUUAUGUCUCACAGUAAAUCUCUUUAUAAAAGCUAAUUGAUGCUCAGUGGUUAAUGGAACUGACCAGUCCAUCAAUAAUCAUUUAUUAAGCACCUAUUAUGUGCCAAGCCGUGCUGAGCGUUGGGGUGCUCAGCACUCACUGGUACCUAAUCGGGAAAGACACAACUAGUGGAAGCUUGAGCUGAUGGCAAUAGAGAACCUGAGCCUGGGGGUCUUUUUGUUGUUGUUCUUGUUGUUUUUUGUUUUUGGAGCCUGGGGGUCUUUAAGGUCAGGUAUGGAGCCAGUCAGGCUCUGGGAUGUUGAACCAGAGUGUGGUGGCCAUCACACAGGCUGCCCCUGGGCCAGAGACGCUGUAAGGAAGCUGCGUGCCUUUACUUCCCUAGCAUGGACUUGUUACCAGGAAGGCCCCAGGUCCUGCAAUAGGAGGGUGAGUGCCCAGCUCGCCUGAGGUUAUCCCCUUUUUGCUGUGGCCCUGAUGGUCUUCUGAGAAGCAGGAGGCCUUAUCUUGUUGUCAGGGGUCAGUUGCUACCUGGCCAUUUUGCUGAGAGAAUCGGGAUGUUGAAUGGGACAAGAAUCAAGAAUCAGUUCUGGAUUGGUCCCGACAAGCUACCUUGCACUGUGCUUGCCUGGAAGGGAAGAUGUGGCCUGGAGCACACUCCCAUGUUA